AUGGGCAAAAGUAACAAAAACUCGCUUUCAGUCAAAAAUGCUUCUAGAGAGAUAAAACAAUCGCUCCCUAAAAUCAAAACAAGAAGCAUAGAAAAAGUUGCAGCGAAAACAGAAAAUAAACAGAACAUCAUAACACUUCCAACUGAUUUCGAUCCAGAAAUCGUUUAUACCCCACGCUUUGGCCUAGCGCAAUUGAUAUAUACUACAAAUAAAGCACGAAUUUCAUCAAAACCUCCUAGGCCAUUGAAUAGCUAUUUUCUCUUAAAAAAGUGCCUACUUUUGGAAUUGUGGGAACGCGAGUUAAAGCCAACGAUGCCUGCUACUUGUAUACUAGCUAGAGAACUAUGGGCAAAUGCGCCUUCAGAGGCUAAAAAAAUUUACGAGGAACUUGCGAAUCAAGCUCAAGCGUGGCACCAAAAAACAUAUCCAAAUUAUGUUUUUAAGCCAAAAAAGAAAGCACAAUGCAAAAAUAAACCUUUUCCUGAAGGUAAUAGUUCAGGAAUGCUUACAACUUUCGCUCUCGAGCCUCGACCUCUAAGUACACCGACAUUUAUUUCUGAAACAGAAACCACAGAAGACGAAUUUUCUAAAAUUUUCGAGCCAUAUGAAACUUUCGAAUCUGUUUCAACCGUAGCGGUAGCCACAAAAGAAUCGUUCGCUUAUCCUCCCACCUUCCCAACUGACCCAGUCGAUCUUUUAGACUUUAAGUUUAGAAAAAUGCGAUUAGAUUCGCAAGGGAGCUUACUUGGUGAAAAAAAUAUCGACAAAUUACAUAACGUGUUCCUAACAGAACUUCCUCCUGUUCUCAAUAUUUUUAAUUGUCUAAAUUCAACGUCCAAUGAUAUUGAUUUUCACAACGAACUUUCUGUUAGCCAAUUUAACUAUCCCGAUAUUGAGAGCGUCUUUUUGGGGGUUUCUGAUGGAAACGAGUUUAAUACGGGAGGAACAUAA